UUGGGUUUUUUGUUAUUCAUGUGAUCAUGUCAUUUUGUUUUACGUCAAAAAUGGAGGAGGAUCGUCUUUUUGAUGAACGAAUUUCAAUUCGGGAAUCUGCUCGUCCUUUAAAAAAAUAUGGGAGCACAUGCAACCAUAUGAAAAGGAAUGAAGAGUUUAUUAAACACGUCAUGGCGAAAGGUGACACAUUACAAGGGAUCGCUUUGAAAUAUGGUGUUACUAUGGAGAAAAUUAGGCGAGCGAACCGUUUGUUUGCGUCGGACAGUUUAUUCCUGAGAGAAUAUUUGUUGAUUCCUGUGACCAAAGAUUCCCCAUUUUACGAAAACGGUGAAAGAGUCUCAGAACUAGCUCCGCCAAGUCAUCGUGCCUCUAUAGCUGGCAUGCCAACGAGAGAUUUUUCACCGGGGAGUCCAGACGAAAAAGAGACUUUUGAUAAUUUUCUCAACAGACUGGACUCAUCUAUUGCUAAUAUCAAGAAGCACGUAGAAAAAACUAAGGAGAACAGUGAGUUCGUGAAAGAUCUAGAAGAUGGCUUCGUGAGACAUCGGCCGACGGCUCGUCUCCGGCAGUCGGCGUCGAUGGGCGCGUCGACGUCUUAUAACGAGGUCAUCCCGCCGCCCUUACCGCCGCCGCCCUCCGCCCUGACGCAGGGCAGGAGGGUGGACAGCUCCCUGAAACGCCUGGAGAGGGCGCACGAUGAUCUGUUCCAGUUGUAGCGGCCGAGGCAGCGCAGAUAUGCGCGAUUAGAGUGAGUGAUACAUCGUCACUGGAGUCCAGUCAUCGAGGGUAUCGCCUACUGGAAUUAUUCAAACUCGAAGUGUAUGAACUGAAUACGCUUGUUGAGUUCCACGCGAGGUCACGGCGAGUGAUAUUAGAUAAUAAAUAAUUGUAAAUUAUGA